UUGAAGUUUUUGUGUAAUUCGCAUAUUGAAUGGCAAGUGAACCAUUUAUGUUUUGAAGAUGGAUUCUCUUGUCGGUCGAACGUUAUUAGGGAAAGAUGGAACCUUAAAAUCGGUGGAUGAUGCUUUCGAUAAAAAAGUCAAAACAAUAUUAUACUAUUUCACUGCCAGUUAUGUGCACGAGCAAAAACACAUAGCGUAUGCCUUACAAAAUGUUUACAACGAGUCCAAACUUCGUAAUAUCGGCUGGGAGGUGAUUUACGUUACGUCCGACACAAAAGAAACAGAAUUCAUGAAAGAUUUUCAAUCAGAAACGCAUGGAAAUUGGUACGCGUUACCAAUGAAAGACCCUACAGCCUACGAACUGAGAUACAAGUAUAAUAUCACAAACCUUCCAAACAUCGUCGUCGUCAGACUCAACGGAGAUAUUGUCACCACUAACGGAAGAGUGGAAUUAGAAGCUAUUGGCAUGAAUGUAUUAGUGACAUGGGAUAUUUGAAUUGCUUCUAUAAUAAAUAAAAUAACUAAGAUUA